UGCUGCUGGUGGUGCUGGCGGGCGGCGGGCCGCGCUGCGGGCCGCGCUACGAGCCCACCUGGCAGUCGCUGGACGCGCGGCCGCUGCCCGCCUGGUUCGACGAGGCGAAGCUGGGCGUCUUCGUGCACUGGGGCGUGUUCUCCGUGCCCAGCUUCGGCAGCGAGUGGUUCUGGUGGUACUGGCAGAAAGAAAAGAGAGCGCCCUAUGUGAGAUUUAUGGAGGCAAAUUAUCCACCUGGGUUUAAAUAUGAAGAUUUUGGGCCAUUGUUUACAGCAGAAUUCUUUGAUCCCRAUCAGUGGGCAGAUAUUCUGAAGGCCUCGGGUGCAAAAUACGUUGUCUUAACGUCAAAGCAUCAUGAAGGCUUUACUUUGUGGGGAUCCAAAUACUCUUGGAACUGGAAUGCUGUUGAUGUGGGACCAAAGCGAGACCUUGUGGGUGAACUAGCAACAUCUAUUAGAAACAGGACUGAUUUGCGUUUUGGGUUAUAUCACUCCUUAUUUGAAUGGUUCAAUCCUCUCUUUCUUGAAGAUGCCACCCAUGUAUUCAAGACAAGAAUGUUUCCAACCAGCAAAUCAUUACCAGAACUCUAUGAAAUUGUUACCAAGUACCAACCAGAAAUAAUUUGGUCUGAUGGGAAUGGAAAUGCACCAGAUACUUACUGGAACAGCACAGGUUUCUUAGCUUGGCUGUAUAAUGACAGUCCAGUUCGAGAUACAGUUGUGACAAAUGACCGCUGGGGAGUCGGUAGCAUCUGCAAACACGGAGGUUUCUACACCUGUAGUGACCGGUACAACCCCGGCCACCUUCUCCCUCACAAGUGGGAGAACUGCAUGACUAUCGACAGGCAGUCGUGGGGCUACAGGAGGGACGCGAAGCUGGAUGACUACCUCACGAUUGAGGAACUGGUCAAGCAACUUGUGGAAACGGUGUCGUGCGGGGGUAACCUCCUGAUGAACAUCGGGCCCACUCACGACGGCCGCAUCGCUGCCAUAUUCGAGGAGCGCCUGCGGCAGAUGGGCGCCUGGCUGCAAGUCAACGGCGACGCCGUGUACGCAACGAGGCCGUGGAGGGCGCAGAACGACAGCGCGGCGCCGGGCGUGUGGUACACGUCGCGGCCUGCAGAAGGCAAAGUCUACGCCCUCUUCCUUAACUGGCCCGUCUCUGGAAUGCUGGCACUUGGGGAACCACGGGCUACGCUUGGAGAAACAGAGGUGAGGCUGCUUGGCCACAAGGCACUGCUGAAAUGGGCUGCCCUGGAAGAGAAGGGGAUGGUGGUAGCUCUACCUCAACUAAGCCUGAGGCAGUUACCCUGUCAGUGGGGCUGGGCUUUGCAAAUGACAAACAUAAACUGAGUGAGAAACUACUCAAGGGGCAGCAUAUUUUUUCCCCCGCCUCCUCACCACCCCCAGCUCGCCAUGAAUUUCAAGCUCUUGCUUCCUUCUGUGAAAAACAUCAAGCACUUCACUUUUGUGAAAAUAAAAGAUGAACUAAUAUUAAAGGAUGGAAGCGGGAUGAUGGAAUCUAGUACUAGAUCACUGAAGCGCCAUGUGCAACUGUUUCAGCACCUCUGCUGUGCUCGCCACUUCUUUUGAGCCAGCUGCUCUACUUGCAAAGCCUCGAGAAAGAAGAAGCCUCAYUGAAGCCCCUCUUAAAAGUGCUCACACAGCUAAUGUAGCUGCCAGUGAUAAAACUAUUUUAAAGCAGGAAAUACCUUCCGCAAGACUCUACAUUUAAAAAAGUGGCACUUUUGAAGAAUAAGCGUUCCUGGUGCUUGCUAAAAAGGGGCAGGUGCUGGUUUUGGCUCCGGGCUGUACUGUACCUGCAUGAAAAGUUUUGUAAAGGUUAGGAGGUCCCCCCACUGUUGCAAAGCGUAAUUACAUCUUCAUUUGCAAGUCUGAGUUUUACUCCCACUUUUAAAUACUCCUACUCUUGAAUAAUUUUGCCAGGGGCUAGGAUUAAGUACAAAUUUUUGUAAUCAGAACUGUGAGUUUUUUUAAGUUGAUCUUUAUCAUUAUAUAAGAAGAUUUAUAAUGACUUGUUUAGGUCCAUUUUUUUAUGCAGCUACCUGAGUGCCUUUUAUGAGAUUUCCUUUAAUAUUGUCUAUGACUAUUUUUUUUCUUAAAGAAAGAAUUAGGCAUCUUCAACUCUGGCAAAAAAAUCAGCAUUUUAAGCAGCAGGUGGAUUGCAUCCAAAUAGAGAAAUUCUGCAAAUGAUCAUGUCUGCACRGUG